GAGGAUGUAGAGCAGUUGGAUGAUCUGGAGGCCGUGUGGUUUCCCCAAGACGGGGACGAGGAUAACGAUACCGCCCUAAUGAAGGCCGCCGGACAAGGCCACAUAGAGGUGGUGCGGUUCUUGGUUGAGCAGGGGGCGGACCUCGAUGUCCGCAACAGGCAGGACCAAAAUGCCUUGAUGUUUGCCGCCGCGGGCGGCCACUUGGCGGUGGUCGUCUUCCUCAUCGAUAGCGGAGCCGAUGUGAGCCCACUUGGUUUCCUCUAUUCUUACGAAUACGGCCCCUACACUCCCUUGAUGUGGGCGGCCUAUAACGGCCAUUUGGAUGUGGUCAAUCUCCUACUAGAGUACGGGGACAUAAUCGACGUUCCGAUUCUCCAGGAUUCGCCUUGGGUGCCGAUGGCCGAGAUGAUUACGGCUGACCGCCUUGAUGUUUGCCGCCUCGCGCACGACCUAGAGAUGGCGCGCGUGCUGCUAGAAAACGGAGCCCCGGUCAAUGCCCAAACAGAUGUCGGCACAACUGCCUUGAUGUUUGCCGCCGCUUUCGGGCAUGCAGAGAUGGUGCGUUUCCUCGUCGAAAACGGAGCAGACAUCCACAUCCAAAAUGCUACAACUACACAGCUUGAGUCUGGCAGAAGAGAGGGCCAUCAAGGAGUGGUUGACUUCCUCCGCUCAGUGGAAGACGCUGGGUAA